AUGCUGAACGGAGCUGCGGGGAGGACGCAGGAUGGCGUAGAGGCCGAGGGAGAGAAGGGCUUUAUGCCCAAGGGGGAGUCUAUGUCAGAAUUCAAGAAGAUGCGCAUUAAGGCGCUGGAGGAGGUCACCGGGGACUGGUCCGAGGCUCUCGUUAAGGACCGGUACCCGCGAUUGAAGCACAUGACCAAGAAGGUGUCAGUACCGGUAUUCAAGAAGAGGUGGAUUAAAGAGAAGCUGGAGAAGCCGAGCGAGGAGAUCGUCACCCUGUAUGGCCGCGUCCACUCCAUCCGGACCCAGGGGAAGAGGCUCCUCUUCGUCACCAUCGUCAAUGAGUUUGAAAAGAUCCAGGGCAUGAUCAACUUCGGUAACCUGAAUGACAAGAUAACCCUGGACAAAUUCGGCCUCUUGACCCGCAUGAUCGAGAAGGGCGACCACAUCUCCCUCACCGGCAAGCCCUGCCGCACAAAGACGGGCGCGCUCACCCUCAACGCCGUCGUCCUGCCGCAGCUCCUCGCGCCCACCAUGGAGCAGAUCCCGCAGUCCCUCACCGACCCGGAGACGCGCGCCCAGAAGCGCCACGUCGACAUGAUCGUCAACCCCGAGGUCGCCGACGUCCUGCGCAUGCGCUCGCACAUCACAAAGUACAUGCGCGACUACUUCCACGAGCGCGCCUUCCUCGAGUUCCAGACGCCCAUCCUCGCCGAGAACGCCGGCGGCGCCGUCGCCCGCUCCUUCACCACCACCGCCACCGAGUUCCCCUCCCGCGAGCUGUCCCUGCGCAUCGCCCCCGAGCUCUGGCUCAAGCGGCUCGUCGUCGGCGGCGUCCACAACCUCUUCGAGAUCGGCCCCGCCUUCCGCAACGAGGGCAUCGACGCCACCCACAACCCCGAGUUCACAAUGUGCGAGUUCUACAGCGCCUACACCAACCUCCAGGAGCUCAUCGUGCGCACCGAGGAGCUGCUCACCGGCCUCGCGCACCACUGUCAGGAGCUCAUCGACACGCAGCUCACGUCCCUGCAGCCCAUCGACCUGACCAAGUUCAAGCGGCCCUACCGCCGGCUCGAGUUCAUCCCCGCGCUCGAGGCCGCGCUCGGCAUCCGCCUGCCGAAGCUGACCGGCCGCGACGCGUACGCGGAGCUCCUCGCCGUGCUGACGCUCGCCAAGAUUGAGAUCCCCGGCGGCGUGCCCCCGACGAUGGCCAAGCUGCUCGACCGGCUGGCGGCGAUCUACCUCGAGCCAAAAUCCUUCGAGGGCGGCCCGCUGUUCAUCACGCACCACCCGGUGUGCAUGAGCCCGCUCGCCAAGAGCUUCCUCUGCCCUAAGACGCUGCAGCUCGUCUCCGCGCGGACGGAGCUGUUCGUCAACGGCCGCGAGCUGGCCAACAUGUACGAGGAGGAGAACGACCCGGAGGCGCAGGCGCGCAAGCUUGCGGAGCACCGCGUGCUCGGGACCGGCAAGAGUGUGGAGGAGGAGGAGCAGGAGGCUGCGAGGGACGCGCCGCUUGACCAAAAUUACAUCAAGGCGCUUGAGGCCGGGUUGCCACCUACGGGCGGCUGGGGAUGUGGUGUUGAGAGGCUUGUGAUGCUGUUUUCUGGCGCGAACAGGAUCAGCGACUGUCUGAGCUUUGGUACGUUGAGGAAUGUCGUGGGAUUGACGUCUGGGGAGCAGAACCGAUCGGGAUCUUCAUGA